AAGCACCCUGUCGGUGCCGGGGCCUGGGAAGGGCACGAAGAAGGAGCAGGGAGGCUCUUCCAGGGGCUGCCCUGCCCCGCACAGCACGGUUGAUGGACCCGGCCGCCCCGGGCAGCGGCGUCAGCUCCCUGCCGCUGCUCCUGGCUCUUGCCCUGGGUCUUGCAACUCUCCAUUGUGUGGUGGCAGAUGGGAACACAACCAGAACACCUGAAACCAAUGGCUCUCUCUGUGGGGCUCCUGGGGAAAACUGCACAGCUACAACCCCCAAACAGAAAUUGAAAACCCACUUUUCUCGGUGCCCCAAGCAGUACAGGCAUUACUGCAUCCACGGGAGAUGCCGCUUCGUGGUGGAUGAGCAAACUCCCUCCUGCAUGUGUGAGAAAGGCUACUUUGGGGCACGGUGUGAGCGAGUGGAUUUGUUUUACCUCCAGCAAGACCGAGGGCAGAUCCUGGUGAUCUGCUUGAUUGCGGUCAUGGUGGUGUUCAUCAUUUUGGUCAUCGGGGUCUGCACCUGCUGUCAUCCUCUUCGGAAACAUCGUAAAAAAAGGAAGGAAGAGAAUACGGAAAGGUUGGGUAAAGAUAAAACUCCCAUAAGUGAAGAUAUUCAAGAGACCAAUAUUGCUUAAUGGUUACAAAGUUACCACAAGCUGGCAGCGAGCUCCAAAACACCUUACUCAUUUGCAGAUGGACAGGACACGUCUCAGGAAAACAGCUAGCAGCAAUGAAUGUUUAAAUAUUGUAUUGACUUUGUUACUUUUAUUUGUAACUUUGUGUUGCUUGUUAUUGUUUUUAUUAAUACUUUUAUUACCGUCUAAUGAUUGAGAAAAAGGACCUGGCUAGGUAACAAUAAUAAGAAGGGACAUUUCAAAAUAAACUUUGUUGCCAGGAUUAUUAGUCAAAUAAAAAAAGUAGGAAAAAGGUUAGAUUUUAAGAACUGAGUCAAUAAUAAGGCUUGCCAGCUUUAUAUACUUAUACGCUGAGUUUAAAAUAUAUUAUUUCUUUUAUCCUCAUUCCCAUACAUGCAAAAAUUAAAUAAUCUCACUUAGAUUUAGAGAUUGAGGAACUGAUGGAGUCAGAACUGAGAUGGAUCCAGAUUCAAAGCUGGUCUCUUAUCAUUUUUGUUAAUUUGGGCUUCGGUAACCUAAUUCAAUAAAUAGCCCAAGAUUUCUCUCUGAAUUUUGCUUUGCCAUGAUUCUGAGAUGGUGGGGCAAUUUUCCCUCAUUAACACAGGAAACGGAGUCAUGGCUCGUGCUGACGUCAUCAUCAUGAUUUCUGCAAAGCUGACUUCUAUUGUUGUUGUUGUUGUUAUUUAGCUUUUCCAUAAAGUCUCAGUGACAUGAGUAAAUUCUUGUAUUUCCAAAGCAAACAGAUUUUUCCCAUAGUUAUAGUAAUAAAUAGAGGUGGAAAAGUAAAUGACUGUUGUUCUUUAAACCCUCAAUAGGUAUUUAUACUCAGCUCAGUAUAAACAGCACCGUAAAAGACUGUUAAUAUCAGCAAUGGUGCGGCUGACCAUAUGUGACAAUAUGUGAUCAUCAUAUGAGAACAUAGCCUCAAUUCCAAGGCAUGUAGGAGUGCUUUCAGGUGAAUUUUGAUGCCAUGACAUCCUGAUCAUAGCUUCUGUUAUUUGAACUAUUUUGUCAUGUGCUCCUUUGACUAUGUGCUCUAUUUAGUAGAAAAUAUGUUAAGCAUAAGAAAUAAAAUUUAUAUUUAUUAAGUAUUCCAUAGAACAUGGAAUUUUUCACAUUGAUUAAGUGGGUCACUUACACAAGAUGGGAAGAUAUCUUUAGCUUGUGGUGCUACCUGCCAGUCAGGAUCCUUGUAAAUUCUACUUCACAGUAGAGAUCCCAUAGAUUUAAACAAAAGCCUGGGUUCCCUAUAUUCUUUUAGCACAGUGUUUGGAAGCAGACUGGGGUUUCACUAAUGAAGAAAUAGCUCACCUGCCAAGAAAAGCUAAGUGAAAGAGCUGACAUGUCUCAAAAUGAAUUUUCUUGCUUGUGACUUACUGGCCAUCCUUGGAACAAGACGACCCCUGCCUGGAUCCGGAUUCAUGCUUUAUUUUCUAUUGCCUCCGUGGGCUCACAUAUGUCUUUUCUCACCAGUCAUAUUAGAUGACAAACAGGCCUGAAAUAAUGAUCACUAGAAUUUCUAAAAAUAUCACCAAUCCUGGUAAUAGUCUCUGUUUCCUGGUCUCCGGUUGGCUGAUCAAUGCAAUCUCUUAAAAGAAGCUAGUGCUGGGAAACUUAUUUUUAUCUGAAGCUUUUAAUGGUGUUUCUUAUCAU